AUGGCCACACAGCAGCAUCAGCAGCAUCAGCACCAGCACCAGCACCAGGCAGGACCCACUCUACCUCCCCUCAGACCGCACGCCCACCACCCCAGCUCGCCCUCACAGCAAAACAACAACCACCACCACCACCACCACCACUACAGCCACCACCACAACACCACGACCACCACCGACUCAAACUGGCAGACCCAGCAGCUCCUCAAGCGCACCGCAAGCAGGGCCGAGCUCAACAGCGACCAGCCACAGCAGCAGCCGCCCCCACCGCUCCCGACGCGCAGACAGUCACCGCCGGAGGAUGGGCCCGACGGGCCGUUCAUCAAGCCCGAAUACCUCACCCCUCAUCUGCCGCCCCAGCCCCUGCCGACACCCUCCAGCCAGGCCAGCCCCAGCCAGCAGCACCAGCAGGCCGACCGCUCCCCCGCCCGCCAGCAGCAGGGCGCCCCCGAUCACCCCCACCCCCACCGCCACCCCCACCCGCCGGCUGCCGCCCCGGAGCCGGCCAUGGCGCCGAUCGGCAGGAGCAACUCGGUGAAGCGCCGGCGGAUGUCGCUCGCAGACGAGCGCUCGCUCCUCAAAACCCCCCUCCCGCACCACCUCGCCCCGGGCUCGCCGGACACCCGCUCCGGAGCAGCAUCCGCCGCCGACCCGAUCAGCCCCCUCGUCAUCGGCUUCACCCCGCCCCAGGAGCCGACGGCCAUCCAGCAGGUCGCCAACACGAUCAAGCUGCGCGAAGAGCAGAAGCGGCUCAUCGAACACCGCCGGAACUCCUUCGCCGGCCUCAACUCCUUCUCCUUCACCAACAGCCAUACCCGCUCGCCCAACCCCCCCGCCCAGAACAGCUCGCCCCGCACCCUCAGAACCAACCCGCCCCCCGCCCGCUCAUCCUUCUCCAAGCCCAGCCCAUCCGCAUCAGCAGCCCACUGCAGCAGCAACAACACCAACAGCCCGGGCAAGCCUGGCAGUAGCAGCACCGCCCACAACGGCCUCAUGAAACUGCUCUCCCAUCCCAGCCUGUCCAACCCCACCCCAUCGGCCUCCGCCCACUCUUCACAGCAGUCGUCCUAUGAUGCCCCGCCCCCAGUGGUCAACCUGCCCUCGAUCGACGAGGCAGCAACAGCUGCUGCCCGCAAGCCCCCCUCCAACCGCCUCCGCCAGCCCCCCCCAGCCGGCCAGCCUGCGCCGAUCAACCACGACCCGCAUCCCGACCCGAUGCCGAGUCCAGAGACCGUCGACGGCAGCUCGCCCACCGAGCCGUCCCACAUCGGCUCUUCCGUCGCCGACCGCCGCGGCCAGGUGGUGCGCGAAAAGGUGAAGAACAUGGCCCUGGCCCCGCAGGCCUUCCGCCCCCAGCUGCUCCUCCAGCCCUCGGUCCAGUCGGCGCCCAUCAGGAGCGGAUUCCUGCAGGCGACCGCGCCCAACGGGGAAGUCGUCACCACCCCGCUCAUCGCCCGGACCAACUUGGCCGGCGGGGCGGGGCCGAGCAGCGGCGCCCAUCCCUCCGAGGCCCAUCCGCAGCAGCAGCAGCAACAACAGCAGCAGCAACAACAACAGCAGCAGCAGCAGCAGCCUCGCCAUGCCAAGUUCAACCCGACCAACGCUUCCAGCCUCAACCAGAGCUCCCGGCUGAACCACGCCUCCAUCGGCCCCGGCCCGAGCACGGCCUAUCCCAACCUGGGCGGCCCCGAGGGAGCCUACCGCCAGGGCAUCGAGCGCAGGAUGACCAUGCAUGGCGGCGCCCUCAUGCAGGUCCCUACCCUCAGCCACCUCCUCUCCGGCUCCAACAACCCGCUCGCCCACUCCCAGCCCUGUCCCGGUCGCGGCCGGCCCUUGGGGAAAUCGGCUCACCCGGCCCAAGGCCACCAGACCCAGUCCAUCCCCUUGGUCCCCGGCCCACCCAAUCAUCCGAUCCCUUCCCCCUACCCCCCCAACCACCACUACCAGGCCCAACAACAACAACAACAUUCACAUCGAUCACACGGCACAGACGGGCCACGGACCGCGACCUUCCAGGACCCGCCGCCGGGCUCGGCGCGUCUACGGGGCUCGAUCAGCGGCGGCGGCGGCGGGGGGAUGGGCUCCUCGUCGUCGUCGUCGGGGGGAGGAGGGAUCCCGUCGAAGCAGAUGUUCCUGCAACUGUUCGAGAGCUUCUACGACUCGCUCUCGGACUCGAAAGUGUUGCAGAACAACCUCGAGGAGCAGAUCCGGCGCUCGGCCCAGCUGCUCAACUCGCUCCAACAGUCGGCCGGCGUGUUCGAGGCGAUCCUCGACGACCGGCUCGCCGCCGUCCAGACCCAGUCCACCCGCGAGCUCCAGAUCCUCGAGAACAGGAUUGACCAGCUCGAGGCCCGCCUCUCGGCUACCACCCCCAUCUCGACCAUCCCUACUACCGAUGACGACGUCUCCGGCGAGCUCCCGGAUCACGCCGACGAUAAAGCCCACCCCUCAGGCCCCAACGAGUCGCCCAAGAUCCCCCUCUCCACCAACUCGAGCGCGACUUCUACUAGCCAUACUUCCACAGGCGGCCCCCGCAGUCGCACCGGCCUCGAGGAAAGCCGCACCGCCGGGUAG